AUGCGUCUUAUCUGUGUUUUGCUACUCGUCGUCGUCUCCCAGAUGACAGUGUCAAGCUACGUUGCGGAUGCCAAGGACGUGACAAAACCCGCAAACCAAGGGACCGGAUCCAAGCAACUGAAGGCCCGUUAUAUUCUCAGGGAUGACAAAGGUACUCUUGGCGAUCAAAACACUGCGAUGAACAACAAGGACGAGGAGAGGAUAUUCGAAGGGGUCUUCAGUAAGCUGAAGGCGCUCUUUCAUGGGCGCAUCGACGCAAAGCAAGUGAAGCCACUGAUCCAGGCUAUUUCGCCUGCUUCCAAGAAAGAUCUCUCACAAUUUUUCGCUGAGAAUCCUGCCAUUAAGAAGGAGAUUAUUGUAGCGGGAGUUCUUCUGUCUUUAAUCGUCGCAGUUCCGCUGACGGUAAAGUCAUUUUAUCCAGCUUCAAGGUAA